UUAUCUACUGCAACCUCCACCCUCCAAUAAGGUUCUAAUACUUAGAGCCGAAACAGAUAACAAAAAUGUGGGUGUCAACCAUGUCUUACUCAUCUUCACUUCACAAACCAUAUUAUUAUUACCAUAAUUUCCAUUAUCAUCACCAUCAAAGAUGCCUCAACUUCAACCUCCCUAAAUUCACAACAAGAGCUUCCUCUGCUGCACCUGGUGUUGAUCUCAACACCCUUGAUUCUGCAAUUGCAAAGAAAGAUAGCAAUGCUGUUAAAGAGGCACUUGAUCAACUCAGUGAAGUUGGUUGGGCCAAGAAAUGGAGUUCUCAACCUUAUGUUUCACGUCGCACGACAUCAAUUCGAGAGCUGACAACUUUAGGGAUUAAAAACGCGGAGAACCUUGCAAUUCCUAGUGUUAGAAACGAUGCAGCUUUUCUCUUUACUGUGGUUGGAACAACUGGAUUCUUGGGUAUUCUGGCUGGACAGCUUCCCGGGGAUUGGGGUUUCUUUGUACCAUACUUGAUCGGGAGUAUUUCCUUAGUGGUUUUGGGCAUAGGUAGCACAUCUCCUGGGCUUCUCCAAGCAGCUAUUAGCAGCUUUUCAGCAGUUUUUCCUGAUUAUCAAGAAAGGAUUGCUAGACAUGAAGCAGCCCACUUUUUGAUUGCUUAUCUUCUUGGCUUACCGAUUUUUGGAUAUUCGCUGGAUAUUGGGAAAGAGCAUGUCAAUCUCAUUGAUGAGAGGCUUGAAAAGCUUCUGUAUAGUGGCCAGCUUGAUACUAAGGAGUUAGAUAGAUUGGCUGUUGUAUCAAUGGCUGGACUAGCAGCAGAAGGUUUAACAUAUGACAAGGUCAUUGGUCAAUCUGCUGAUCUUUUCACACUCCAGAGGUUUAUCAACAGAACAAAGCCACAACUCAGCAAAGACCAGCAACAAAAUCUCACCAGAUGGGCUGUUUUGUUUGCUGCUUCUCUCUUGAAAAACAACAAGGGAAUCCAUGAAGCAUUAAUGGCGUCAAUGGCAAAGAAGGCGAGUGUAUUAGAGUGUAUUCAAACAAUCGAAAGUGCGACAUAGUUCUACAUCAAACUAUUAUAAACUGUUACAUACAAAUUACAGUCUCCUGUAUAAACAAAGUUUACAACUUAUUUUCCUUUUACAUUAUAUAUAAAAAUGCAUAUCAUUCAAGCAAAA